AUGGAUGUGAGCGACUUCGAAAUCAACCUGCCGGCGACCGGCAUGGGUUACAUGCUAGAUAGAGACCCAUACCUGGCAUACCAACCCUCGUUCGCCGACUCUUUGCCGAUCCAGUUGUUCGUAGGAGGUAUCACCUUGACUUUGUUGAUGGUUCUUCUCAUACAUCUCCUCUUCACAACUCAAUAUCACUACCCCCUUGCUCCACUCAACUAUAGUCUACAACUCUCAUCCAUUUUCGUCGUCCUCGUUAGCGUCGUCACUAAAAUGGCCCUCGUCUUAGGUCAUUCUGCCGACCGAGCGGAUCACUGGCCUUACGAUCUGGAUUAUGUCGCAGUUCCCAUACCGAGGAAUGGUUGGUCCAACGGUCAGAAAGGAGCUUGGUAUUUCCUGCAAGCUCUGAAUGCUGGGUUGUCGAACCUGACCCAUAUCCAAUUCCUAACCCUCCUCUUCCCCUCACGUCUUGAAACUCGACUCAUCUUCUGCGUCCUCGGUCCGUUAGCAAUCUCCGCCUCGGCUCUCACAUUUACCGCCUUAGCUCCAUCACGGACAGUCUUCGAUCUCGGCGACGCUGUCCGCAACGUCUUCAACUCCACUCUCUUACUCAUCUUCACUAUCGCACUUGCCAUCUGGGGCUUUUUCGUCAAUCGUCGGCGAGCGUGGCGUUUUGAUGGAGGCACGGCCAUCUUCGGCUUCGGAGCUUUGUUCCUGGCGGUAGUGACUACCGUGUGCAACUUUGUGGCGAUUAAGGAAGAUGGAAUUGAUUGGCUACAGCAUUUGUUGUUUGCUGGUGUUUUAUGGCAGACAUGGUUGGGGUGGUGGUGGUGGGUUGGAAGUGGGAUGGGAAUCGGAGAGGUUGAGGACCUCAUGGAACGUGCCGAACGCAAGAAACGUCAAAGAGCAAAACGAGCGGCCAAACAACGUAGCUCCCAACGAGCUCAUCCUCCCCAACCCAUUCAUAAUUCCAUCACCACAGGGAUCUCUCAAUUCACCUCCAUCCUUCGACGUCGUACUAGUUCUCUCCUUCAUCAACAACCACCUCAAUCACAUGUAGAUCCCCCUAUAGAACUCGCCGACCUCUCAUCUUCGCCCCAACGAGUCACCUUCUCCCCCGCAUCAACAUCCGUCGACAGAGGUGUAUUCUCAUCUGUAUCCGAUACGUCAACAUCUGGAACCCCUUCACUUCACACACCCAGAAACAUGGGAGAAUUGCUGUCUUUUCCAAUUCGAUGGAUUUACGUCUAUUCCCGGAGAUUGCGUCGAGCGCAUGAGGAAGCAGCGAAAAGAGAAGCUUUGGCACAUGCCGAAAUACGUCAGAGAGUUUUCUCACAUACUCCCCAGGCGGAUGAGACGGGAUGGGGACUAGGGCAAUUUGGGAUCAGAGAACGUGAAGAGAGUACUAGGAGAUUGAGAAGAGCGGGUGACUUGUUGAGGGAGGAUAGACUCCUAAGCCCAGGAGGGGCCAAUGAGGAAGUUGAAGCGUUGGAUGGGGCUGAAUUUACUGAGAGGGUGAUGCAUGCGAGUGGGACGGAGCAAGAUGUCGGAGAGGGGGAACAAGCAAUAGUGGCCGGGGAGCGGAGAAACACGAGGAGAAGGAUCGGCAAUGGAGGAGAAGAACAAAUUGGAGGGACGAAGGGUAGGGAUGGACAAGGAGAAGUGAGAGAUACAGAGGAAGAAUGGGAAGAUAUAACCAGUAGUGAUAAUUCUCAACCCGUACCCUCACCCGCAAGACAAAGACGUAGACCAGAAGGAUGGAGUUGGUGGGGUCCAUUAAGGGAUUGGAGGUUGAAUGAUCGGUCCGUAUUCUGA